UAUGGCGUCUAUGUUGGCGAUGGAUGCAUUAGAUGGACACAAUUUUAUUAUCCUACAUAAAUAACGUUGAUGGAAAGACGUAGAGUGACACCAAUGGACAGCGAAGCGGCACUGAUGAUUUAUUUCCAUAUUUUGUUCCCUUGAUCUGGGAUACACACCGGCACUCCAUGUCAGAAGAACCUCGAGCUCCCUGGUCGAAGAGGGGUUGUGUGGAGUCGCAUCGCCGAGGUAGAGCUAGUUUGUGCAGAGACAAUACUCUUGAUUGAUGUGUUGUUCAUCAAACUCGGGGUGUCCGCAAUAUUACAAAAUUACAAGCAUAUUUUCAAUAAUCAUUAGCGGUUGAUAAUUCACGCGAUAAAAUAUGACGAGAAAGACAGAUUCCUGUGUCGGUGGCCUAACGUUAGAGGAUUGCUUAUCUGUAAGCUAACUAGCAGGCGCCUACCAUUGUACAAGGUUCUCUGUCCCCUAUCCAGAGCAGGGGAAACUCAAGCUGAGGAAAUGUGAGCGUCCCUUCAGCGCGUUGUCAGCGAAGUCCGCCUCUGGCCAGGACGCCCCGAAAAGGUGAAUCACCCCCCUGAAAAGAGCAAGUUAAUUUUUUCUCAUCGGGCACAAGGGGCACUAGCCUCUGAUUGGCUCGGCCUCCCCCCGUGACAUGCCCGUGGCCAAUCAGAGGUGUGUGAUGGCGGGGGAUGUGGAGGUGUACCUGUCCCAGGUGCACGACGGCAGUGUGUCGUCCGGCUUCCGGGCCCUGUACGAGGAGCGCCUCCUGCUGGACGUCACGCUGCUGAUCGAGGAGCACCACUUCCAGGCGCACAAGGCCCUGCUGGCCACCCAGAGCGACUACUUCCGGGUCAUGUUCACGGCCGACAUGCGGGAGCGCGACCAGGACAAGAUCCACAUGAAGGGCCUGACGGCGGCCGGCUUCGGCCACGUGCUGCGCUUCAUGUACUACGGCUCGCUGGAGCUGAGCAUGCCCACGGUGCAGGAGAUCCUGCAGGCCGCCAUGUACGUGCAGCUCACCGAGGCCGUGGAGUUCUGCUGCUCCUUCCUGCUGGCCAAGAUCUGCCUGGACAACUGCGCCGAGGUCAUGCGCCUGCUGGAGGACUUCAGCGUGGGCGUGGAGGGCGUGCAGGAGCAGCUGGACAACUUCCUGCUGGAGAACUUUGUGCCGCUGAUGUCGCGGCCCGACUUCCUGUCCUACCUGAGCCUGGAGAAGCUGACGGCGUACCUGGACAGCGACAAGCUGAGCCGCUUCCCCGAGAUCGAGCUGUACGAGGCCGUCCAGUCCUGGCUGCGGCACGACCGCCGGCGAUGGAGGCACACCGACGCCGUGGUGCAGAACCUCCGCUUCUGCCUCAUGACGCCCGCCAACGUCUUCGAGAAGGUCAAGACCUCGGAGUUCUACCGCUACUCGCGCCAGCUGCGGCAGGAAGUGGACCAGGCGCUCAACUACUUCCACGAAGUCAACGAGCAGCCGCUGGCCGCCACCAAGUCCAACCGCAUCCGCUCGGUGCGGCCGCAGACGGCCGUGUUCCGGGGCAUGAUCGGCCACAGCAUGGUCAACAGCAAGAUCCUGCUGCUGCACCGGCCCAAGGUGUGGUGGGAGCUGGAGGGCCCGCAGGUGCCGCUGCGCCCCGACUGCCUGGCCAUCGUCAACAACUUCGUCUUCCUGCUGGGCGGCGAGGAGCUGGGCCCCGACGGCGAGUUCCACGCCUCGUCCAAGGUGUACCGCUACGACCCGCGGCAGAACUCGUGGCUGCGCAUGGCCGACAUGUCGGUGCCGCGCUCGGAGUUCGCCGUGGGCGUGAUCGGCAAGCACGUCUACGCGGUGGCGGGCCGCACGCGGGACGAGACCUUCUACUCCACGGAGCGCUACGACAUCGUGGAGGACAAGUGGGAGUUCGUGGACCCGUACCCGGUCAACAAGUACGGCCACGAGGGCACGGUGCUCGGCGGCAAGCUCUACAUCACCGGCGGCAUCACCUCCUCGUCCACCUCCAAGCAGGUGUGCGUGUUCGACCCCGGCAGAGAGGGGGCGCCAGAGCAGCGGGCGAGGCGAGCCGCCGUCCUCAACAGCUGCUGGGAGAACAAGUCCAAGAUGAACUACGCGCGCUGCUUCCACAAGAUGAUCGCGCACAACGGCAAGCUGUACGUGUUCGGCGGCGUGUGCGUGAUCCUGCGCGCCUCCUUCGAGUCGCAGGGCUGCCCGUCCACCGAGGUGUACAACCCCGACACGGACGAGUGGACCAUCCUGGCGUCCAUGCCCAUCGGCCGCAGCGGGCACGGCGUGGCGGUGCUGGACAAGCAGAUCAUGGUGCUGGGCGGCCUGUGCUACAACGGCCACUACAGCGACUCGAUCCUGACCUUCGACCCGGAAGAGAACAAGUGGAAGGAGGACGAGUAUCCCAGGAUGCCUUGCAAACUGGACGGGCUGCAGGUGUGCAGCCUGCACUUCCCGGAGUAUGUGCUGGAACACGUGAGGCGGUGCAGCUGAGACAGGGAGGGCGUCCGGACGUCCAACCCUGCCCCCCCCCUCCCUCCUCCCCUCCCCCCCCCCCUCCCCCUCCCUCCCCUCUCCCUCCCCUCUCCCUCCUUUCUAGUUCCACCAUCUGUUUUCAGGACAAUGAACAGAAAACGUUUACAGGUGUGAAAAAUAAUACUACAUUACUGAUGAAGCGUUUAAUCCGUAGGCCAGUGCUUAUUUAAACAAACAAACAAACCAACCAACCAAGAAACAAACAAGAAAGAAAGAAAGAAAACAAAAAAACAAACCAGUAAACACCAUACUUUUUAGUCUUAACGGAUUGAAGGGAGACCACGGUCCAGGCUAAUGGUCCGUCUUGCAAUUUUCAAAUUUAGCUUUCUCAGAAAAGGGAGAUAAAGAUCAACAAAAAAAGGGUGCUGGGUUAUUUAUUCGGUGCAUUUCUCAGCUGACCCAACUUCCAUGUUCCCUGUCCACCACACGAUGUCACCCCUCUCAUCCUGUUUCCUGUGACAUCAUUCUUACUUCCUGUCAUCUAGCGCGCUACGUGUUUGGGGAAGUGAGAGGGUAUAUGUUAGAGAAAGGUAUGUGUGAAUAUGCAAACAUCUGCAGGAAAGCCUAUCCCAAAGCUUCAACCAAUUCAUCCUGUCCCUUCAGCCCGGUCAGUAACCCAACCCCACACAAAGAAACAAGAGAGAGGAAGAGAAAAAACACUACCCUGUUAAUUUAUCCAUUGUAUUUCUCUGGCUGCUUUUUUGAUGUCAGCUGAUAUAUUCUUGUAAACGAUGGGAAAAUGCUGUUGACAAGCAUUGCACUUCUUAAGGUGUCUACUCUGCAAUAACACUGGGAUCUCCACUGCUGUCGCACGUAGGAGAGGGACUGAUCAUCGGAGGCUCGGACCUCCUUCUGCUGCCUGUAUUUAUGCUUCUUUUGUCCCCUCCUCUAUUUAUUCUCAGGGGGCCCAGCCGCUUGCGGCGUCCACCCCCCCAAAUCCCCCCCCCCAGUCUGUUGAACAGAAACCAGCUGCUGUACCCCAUUGACUCCCAUUGACUCCCAUUGACUCCCAUCACUUUUGUCCCCACGAGCUAAAGGGCUAAAGCACAUUAGCAUUUCUGCAGCCUGCCAUGUCACGUCCAGUCCACCGUUUCUACUGACGACUGUAAUCAGCAUAAGUGACGUAGAGGACUCGUAUCUACUGACGACUGUAAUCAGCAUAAGGGACGUAGAGGACUCGUAUGAUAUUUAUGACCAUCGUGUGUUCCGUCCGUCGCGUCUUCUCCUCCUGUCCACACCUGUCCACACCUGUCAUCCAAGGGGCAACGAUGUCUGGAGACGAGCGCGCUCUCCUCCUCAAACACUAGUUCUCAUCCGAUCUUCCUGGUUCUGUCAGUGUCAUGUACAUAGAUAUGCCAAAAUAAUGGUCUUUGACAAAAUUCUAUAUACUGUGCAGACCAAAAUGUAAUAGGCUACUCGGGUGCGCAGCUAUUGUUAGAUUUUUAAACUUGUCACCUUUUCCCUUUGCAGGUUGAAAAAAAAAGACCAGUACUGGUAGAACAUCACCCUGUAACUGUAUCUGAGGAAAAAAAGCAAAAUCAAGUUGCUUAAAGAAACAUGUUGGUAACAUAAUUAUUCACUACUAUUUGGACACUUUGUAAUUUCUUUCCAGAAAUAAAUGUUCAUAUUGUUCAGCUUC